AUGUACGCUGACGACCUGGUCCUUGUUACUCGUGCUUCCAGAUCUGCUGCUCGUAAUAUUAUUAUUUGUCUUGAGCUGUUUGGCCACUUUUCUGGGCUGCACCUUAACAAGUCCAAGUCAGCUAUCUAUUUCCCCUCUUGGUUUAAUAAGCGUGUCCAAACGAGUAUCUGCUCUAUUCUCAACAUUAGUUCAGCUCAGUUCCCUUUUAAAUACUUGGGGGUUCUCAUCUCUCCUAAGAGACUAGCAGCUUCUGUUUUUGAUUCCAUGGUAGAUAAAAUUCAAAGCUCGUGUUGUUGUUGGAAGCAUUCUAAUCUUUCUAAAGCUGCCAAAGCCAUCCUUAUUAACUCCUCACUUCUUUCCCUUCCCAAUUAUUAUCUUUCAGUGUAUCUUAUCCCUCACUCAAUUCUCUCUGCUAUUAAUAAGAUUUCUAGGAAUUUCUUUUGGCAUCAUGGUGGAAAUGGAAAGGGCAUCCACGCUGUGGCUUGGAAUAAUGUUCUGGACUUUAAAUCUGAGGGGGGUCUUUCGAUUCGCAAUCUCUCUAAAGUUAAGUAUUCCCUUAUGGCCAAGCAUGUCUUUAAGUAUCUUAAUAAGUUUGAUGCUAUUUGGGUGGACAUCUUGCAUUUUAAAUAUGGUUGCAUUAACUUCUGGACUGAUCCUACACCUCCCAGAUGCUCCACUGCUUUUGCUCUAAAACAUCAUUGCUGGAUUAAAUGUGUUAAUCCCACUUGUACUUCUAUUCUUUAUGACCCUUGGUGCUUUGAUGUUCCCCUGGCCUUCAAACAUACGUUUAUUAAUAUGGACGGGGUUUCAAACUCUGUUAAUUUAAUGGAUUUUAUAUCGCAUAAUGAUUGGAAUCAUACCAAACUUCAACUCCUGUUUGGUGAUUCUAUUUGUAACAUCUCUGGCAACCUUGUCUCCAUUGACUUCACUGGUUUUAACUUUUGGGUAUGGUUUCCUAAAGCUCAUACUUCCAAACUAGCCACUAAUGUUUAUAAAACCUUGAAUCAUAAUGCUGACAAUGGCAACUCUUGGAUUGGUUGGCAUAAACUUUGGGCCAUUUGCUCUGCUCCUAGAGUUAAAUACUUUCUGUGGAUGUUAUUUAAAGGCCGUAUCUCAACUUUUGAGUACUUAUACUCUAUUCAUUUGGGGCCUAGAAAUUUUUGCUCUUUCUGUGGCCUUGACUAUGAAAGUAUUGAACAUCUUUUCUUUAACUGUUGCAAAACUCAAAGAAUCUGGUACUCUGUUUAUGCUCUUAUUGGCAAACAUAUUGAUCUCCCUGGUGGUUUUUCUGCUGGGAAUUGGCUUACUUUUCAUAGCAGUGCUUUUAAUAAAUUUGUUAUUGUUGCUGUUGCUUGGCAUAUUUGGAAGGCUCGCUGUGACUGGGUUUUCAGGCGCAUUAAUCCCAAUUUUGGGUUAAUUGCUUGUAAGGCUAUUUGUUUUGCUAAUGAUUUUUUUCAGCCUACUGCUUUAAACUGGGGUACAAAACUCCUACUCAACAACUUCACCAACUCUGAUGGACUGUUUCUCUUCAUUGCUGCUUCCUUGAAUGUCCACAAUCAGGUAUAUCAUGUGGGUUUUUUUAUAGCAGACUUUGAUUUCAAUAUUGUCAUUGCAGGGAGCUGUCCCCUUGCUGAUUCCACAUGCCUUGUUGCUAAGCUUCAUGUUCUUUCCGUUGCUCUUCAUACUGCUAUCAGUAGUGGAAUACAUAUUAGUUAUAUUUUCAACUCCAAUCCUGACAUCCUCAGAACAAUCACUUCUUCUGAUUUUGCAACUACUUGGCGGAUGGAUCAACAAAUUUCAGAGACUCUGUUUCUUCUUGAUGCUGCUAGCCAUCCGCUACUUCACAUCAUUCCUCAUCAUUGGCUCAAGCCAGCCUCUUUGCUUGCCACUCAUGCUGCCAAUCUCCACACAUUCACCUUGUUUCAUGUUGGUCGUGAACUCCCGAAAUGGAUUAUGAGAUGUUUGCUUUUAGAUGGAUUUACUUUCUAG